UUCAGAUACACAGUGUACACAGUUACAUUUAUCGACUUGUUCGCUCGAGCUAUUUGCAACGCUUUCUAUGCAGUAGGACGCUCUCUAUAUUGAAUUGAAAACCGAAACAACGUAAUCAUGUCUCUUUUGGUGGUUUUUAUUCUCUGCUUUGCUGGAAUUCAAGGAUAUGUGCCUGUAGAGCAGCAUUGUUCGUUUUGCAAUGCAACAUGCUCUUUGUGCGCAACAGGGUAUUUUGGACAACGUUGUGAAAAGCCUUGUCACCCCUGCGAAAAAGAUCAGAGAUGUCAUCGGAUGACGGGCGUUUGCUCCGCAGUUAAUCAGGUCAAUAUAACUACUCUUUGGAGCUACAACUGCGCAUCUUGCCAUGGACAAUGUGUUGACUGUCAUCGUGGAUGGCAUGGAGAAACCUGCAGAGAACUCUGUAAGAACUGCUCCAUAGAUGGCUGCAAGAAAAACACGGGUAUUUGCAUAGAUUGCAAGUAUGAUGCCUGGGGAAAGUCCUGUUCAUUACCAUGUCCAGACAAUUGUAUACCUGGUAACACCACCUUUAUUUGUCGCCGAAAGACUGGAAAGUGUAUUGACGGUUGUAAGGACGGCUUCUGGGGUGUCAAGUGUACACAACCCUGUAGCAGUGGGUGUUUGAAUAAAAAAUGUCAGUAUGAUUGUUCCCGUUAUACUGACGGAUGUAAACCAGGACAUUAUGGUGACAUGUGUAAUAUGACUUGCAAUGAUUGGUAUUUGAAUAAAACGUGCCGAUGUGAUUGUUCAAGGUGCACUGACGUUUGCAUCGCUGGAUUUCAUGGCGAUUUGUGUAACAAGACCUGCAGUAAAGGAUGUCUGAAUGAGACUUGUCAUCCUGACGGAACCUGCCUUGAAGGCUGCAAGCAUGCCUUUACUGGGAAAUAUUGUCACCAUUGUGCAGUAAGCUUUUAUGGAAAAAACUGCACAAUGCGGUGUGGUGUUGGAUGUGCUAAUCACAGCUGUAAUGAAGAUGGUACAUGCGUGUGCAUCCCCCAGUAUACUGGAGACAAGUGUACUACUUUUGGAGGUCUUGGAUUGUUGAGGUUUGUGCUUGGCGUGCUGAAUUCGCCUACAGUCAUAAUGAUUGCUACCGUCAUGUGUGUGUUUUUAUGCAGGUAUGCAUACAAGUUUUCAUAUAUUAUAGAGAUUAUUACUAGCUUGUGUGUCGUACUGAUUUUACGAAACGUGUGUCGGGAUUACCCGAGCGAGAGCGGUGGUAAUACAUACAUCCUGACACGAGUUUCUUAAAGUCGGUACACACACACACGAGUGCAAUAAUUUCUUCAUUAUUAUUAUUAUUAUUAUUAAUAAUAAUAAUAAUAAAAAGGUCCGUCUCAAAAAUGUUCAGCCAUAAACAGAAGACAACGAGGAAAUCGCGCCACAUUCCAUAUGCACAUUCUGAACUAGGACUGGGGAAGCAACGUUGUUAUGACAAAAUUACGACAUUACACUUGUUAUUACAUGUGUGCUUCGUAUGAUUUUUAUUAACUCGGUUAUGUUGAACCAUGUGGAUAAUAAAUAUCUAUACUGUGUUUUGUUAUGCGCAGAUGAUUAGAUUGUUAGGUCAUCUGAGCCAAAUGCCCAAAAGGAAAAUAUUAAGGUAGUUAAAAAAAUAUUCUUCUCUACUUCCAAAACACUAUAACCGAAUAGUCUUCCUAUAUGUAAAGGUCAGUAGAUGGUUUAUCAAAUUUGUGUAUGUCAUUAAUGUCGGGUCUCCCGUUUAUCCCCGGGGAGAGGGAAAUUUACCUUUUCUAUAGUUAUAUAGAGAAAUUAAUUUACACUUUUAUUUCUUCGAUUUCUUCUCCAAACCCACUCAACCAAUUUCAACCAAAUUUGGUGGAAAGCUUCCUUGGCACGUGGAG